CUCUCAAGCGUCAUGUCGAGCUGCAAUGCCUUUCUCCCUUUUACAUUUGGCGUCAUUCUUCACGUCGAAUAGGGUCGAAACCGGACUGACGUAAGUCGGAAAAAUGAUAGCGGUACUCGUUCUCCCCUGAAGAUGUACAAGAUAGUAAGGCAAGGAGAGUCUUCUCUCCAAUACAGAAUCCUUCCUCAGGAAGACAAUUCCGUAAAAAUAGAAAGACACAGGCGGCUGAAAAGAAAUAGGAUAGCCUGCGUACUAAUCGUCAGUCUUAUUAUCGGCUGCGUGACUGUUGCGGCAGCUGUCAUUAUACCGAUACUGUUGACGACGAACAUCGUCGCGCUUCCUGCGAAAUACCAGACUUUCGCCUUUUCGACGAAACACGGCAAAUACAAUAUUCCCGGUACUCAAUUCAUAGCCAUCCUACCGGUCAAAGAGGCACAUUUCAAAGAGAUCAAGAUAUUUCAGGCGUCGGAAACCAGCCACCGCGGUGCUAACCAAACAGAAAAAGCUAGGGCCCUACUUCUUUCUGGAAAAGAGGAUUGGCCAAGCUUACCCGCCUGGAAAGCGGUCGGAGUCUACAAGCUAGUCAUUAUUGCCGUCUCUGUGGUGGUGAUCCUCAUUAUUUUCAUUGUUAUCGUCAAAAGGAGAACGAGGCAUAGAGAUGACCAAGAGAUUGGCUGGGAUCUGCAGGGAAAUGAGUUGCUGUCUGAUGCUGAGGACGACUGAAGAAAAUAUAAUCCGAAGAUCUGAACACCGCUGUAGUUAGUUGUACUCACCCAACUUUCAAACAAGUUUUAUUAUCAUAAAUAUAUAUUAUUAUACAUGUUCAAUA